UAGAACAGAUUUUGUCAUGGACUUUCCACAAAUGAGCUCAUUAAUCAGUGGAAAAGAGGACAGCAGUUGGAAUAAUGCUACAGAAAACAAAGCCUGUAACUAUGCAAAAGGAAAAUGGGUUCCGGACAACCACGAACCUUUGUAUUCAGGAUUUGGCUGCAAGAAAUGGCUGUCAGGGAUGUGGGCUUGCCGCUUGACGCAACGCACUGAUUUUGCAUAUGAGAAGCUUCGGUGGCAGCCAAAAGAUUGUCAACUGGAAGAAUUUGAAGGAUCUAAAUUUUUGAGAAGGAUGCAGCACAAAACUCUGGCCUUUGUUGGAGACUCAUUGGGCCGGCAGCAGUUUCAGUCUUUGAUGUGCAUGAUCACUGGUGGUGUAGAGACACAUGAUGUGGAAAAUGUUGGGAAUGAGUAUGGAUUGGUUCUAUCUGAGGACGCUGCCCGCCCUAAUGGGUGGGCUUUCCGUUUCUUGAGCACCAAUACUACCAUUCUGUACUACUGGUCAGCAACUCUAUGUGAUGUCCAACCUGUUGAUGUGAAUAAUCCAGGCUCAGAUCAUGCAAUGCACCUUGACCGUCCACCAGCAUUCUUGCGCCAAUUUCUUCACAAGUUUGAUGCUCUGGUUCUCAACACAGGUCACCAUUGGAACCGAGGAAAGCUCAAGGCUAAUAGGUGGGUAAUGCACACUGGAGGAGUGCCAAAUACUGAUAAGAAGCUUGCAGUGAUUUGGCGUGCCAAGAAUCUCACAGUUCACAGUGUGGUUAGUUGGGUGAACUCACAGCUUCCAAAAUAUCCAGGUCUGAAGGUAUUCUAUAGGAGCAUCUCACCAAGGCAUUUUGUUGGUGGGGACUGGAACACUGGAGGCAGUUGUAACAACACUACACCAAUGUCUGUAGGAAAGGAAAUAUUGGAAGAAGAGUCUACAGAUCAUAUUGCUGCUAGUGCAGUGAAGGGAACAAGGGUCAAGCUCUUGGACAUAACAGCUCUUUCUCAGCUUAGGGAUGAGGGUCAUAUAUCGCGUUUCCGUAUUACAGCCAAGCCUGGUGUGCAAGAUUGCUUACACUGGUGUUUGCCUGGUAUUCCUGAUACAUGGAAUGAAAUACUCUUUGCACAAAUCUAG